AUUCGAUAACCUAUUUUUAGACGCCCCAAUGACGACAGAAUGACUGCACAGGUGUAAACAAGAGUAGACCGUCUAUAAUUAUCACCGAAUUAUCUCUGAUUGUACAUCAUAAUUAUUACUGAUAAGAUCAACAAGUCAUAAGAGGAUAAUGUUUGGGGUUGAGGAUAAAUUUUUGUACAAAAAUGGAAAAACUUUGGUGGAGAAAAAUGAAAAAAUCGAAAAAAAUUUUUCACAUUUUUUGCACAAGAUUACCAUCAACGAGUGGACAUUCAGUUUAUUUCUCUUCGUUAUGUCUUUGACGAUUGUUGCUGUUAAACUGGCAGUCAUGUAUGGGAUCCUCCUACCCACAAAAACGUACGACCUCGUUAAAACCCCCAGUCAAUCCCUGCUUGGGGGGUUCAUCCCAGAGUUUGACAAAGACAAUUAUUUAUUCAAUGCCACGAGAGAGUACAAAGAGACACUAAUCGACACUGUCACUCAGUUUAUCGGGAAAUUCGGAUGGUUUCUCAAGGCCGCUGUCAGUGGACUCUCGUUGAUGGGGUUCACUUGGUUUAUUGUUUACAAGGACAGCAGGAUACCUGGUGUCAAUCCACCGUCACCCUUUAGUCCUGGUAAAAGGAAAUUUCAUGACGAGUCCAGACUUCAGAUGAACUAUGUGAUUGGCAUCAUCAAUGGUAUCCUGAUCUUCAUAUACAUGUGCUUCUAAUAAUCAAUAACCAACAACGGGUGCAGGGCAUUUCCCAGAGCCUCAUCAGCAUUUUUACAUCCAAAUCAUUUACAACUGAGAAAAAAGAAUCUAGAAGAUCUGUCGUUGGUGUGUUAAUGUAUCUCAUUAAUCUAUCACUUUCAAGAAGAGUAACAAUUAAAAGCAGCUAAACUGAAGUCAAAAUGCGAGGCUGAUGAGAGCUUGAGAACGUGAGAUAAACAAUGUUUCCAGUAUUUAUUUAUUACUAAAUUGAAAGUAUUAGUUCUUAGCAGAUCUAAAUAUCACUAUAUUUAUAUAUUUAUUUUGUCUGUCCGUGAGUUCAAAGGUCAUUCUACUAAUUAUUCAUAUGUAAUUAGAGGAAGACUCGUUAAUUAUUGUUUGCCAGAUAUUUUUUCGUGGAGUUUAAUUAUUAGUCAAUAAUGGAGAUUACCUGGGUAUCUACUUAAUGAUAAUUGCUAAAGUCUACUAUUUUGGGAAGUUUGUACAGUUGAAAUAAAAAUUUAUUACGCUGA